UGCGUGCGCCUUGACAGCGGCGAAGCCAGCCGAGCAGGACUUUGUGGGAUGGGAGCAGAGGAGAGUGUCCCAGUGUGUGCUCCUGCUGACAGCUCGCUGGUGUAAAGCAGACACUCGGAGGCUCCUGGAAACCUGAUGUAGACGAACACGGACGGCGCACUCACUUACCGGGACGGUGAAGUGCAGCGGGGAGGGGGCGAGAAAAUGGGAGCGGUGAAGUGAAACCCUCUGAAAAAAGCGGACCGUCCGGCUGUAGGGUCUCACUUGCUGGUCGAGAGCACAAUGGCACUCUUCCUGUGGCUUGGCCUGUCGAUACUGGCCGCCGUCCAGUCCAGCGCUGUGAAGAACUGCCACCCCGGCUGCCGCUGCGAGGUCGAGAGCUACGGCCUGUUCGACAGCUUCAGCUUGACCAGGGUGGACUGCAGGGGGCUCGGCCCUAGCGCCACCAUGCCCAUCCACAUUCCACUGGACACCGCCCACCUAGACCUGUCCUCCAACACCAUGGGCCCGCUCAGUGACGCCAUGCUCGCUGGUCCAGGCUACACCACCCUGGUUAGCCUGGACCUAAGUAGCAACCGCAUUACCAAGGUAAGCCCCAACGCACUGUCCAAGCUCCGUUACCUGGAGACUCUGGAUCUGAGCCACAACUCUCUGGACAGACUCUCCUCCAGCUGCUUCUCCGGCCUCCCUCUGGCUGAAGUUGACCUCAGCUACAACAGGUUCCAGGAGUUCGACAUGGACAUAUUUGCUACUAAAGCAAACGGUGGACCCGUCAGCGUGGAUCUGUCUCAUAACAAGCUCGUGUCUGUCUCCAGGAGUUUGCGUGGAGGAGUAUUACACAUCCAAAGUUUAAGUCUGACAGCAAACCAGCUGACGAGUGUCCCACGGCUGGCCGGAGUCCCGCUGAGGUACCUAAAUCUGGAUGACAACCCCAUCACCUGCAUCGAAGAGGGGGCUUUUGCUCAGCUGAAAGAUCUGGUUCACCUAUCUCUCAGUGGCCUCCGUGAACUUGAGGAAAUCAAGCCUCACAGCUUCGAUGGCCUUCAGAGCCUUCAGGUUCUGGAUCUGUCCAACAACCCCAGGCUCAAGACACUGAGCCCAGCAGUGUUCAGUGGACUAGGCUCCCUGCUGGAGCUCAAUUUGUCCAGUUCUGGGGUGAUGUCCCUGCCAAGUAACAUGCUGAGCCACCUGCCUAGUAUUAAGAGUAUUACACUGGGACAAAACAUCCACUGCUGGAGGACCCAGAAACAGGGACAGUUCCACUGGCAGCUGGGGCAGGUCCAGCACAAUGAGGUGUUAAACUGUAAUGUCGAGGGGAUCAUCUUCUGAGACGGCAUCUUUGGAAAUGGACCAGGCUUUACACUCCUGGUGCCAGAACUGUGCCUUUUGUGCACUUUAAUAUGCGAAAGACUCUUUUGCCUACUUCUGUCUCUCAGUUAUGUCUUAUGUCUCAGAUAUGUCUUAAUAUUUUAAUGAAGGCUUCAUGACCACUUGACAAGAGUGUCAGAGAUGCUGGACUUCUCAGAAACACGGCUAAACAGAGUAUUUAAAAAAGCAAUCAAAGAUUUUUAGCUUGGCUUGGCACACUUUACAGUUUCUUCUAUAACAAUUUCUUGUGCAUCUUUGCAAGUCUAGUUUCUGACCACAUUCAUGAAUCCAAAAUGUUAUGUAAUUUGUUUCAACUGGGACCAUAUAAAGUGAUACAGCUGUUUGCAAUUUGCACUUAUUCCAGUUAUAUGGGGGAUUUUUUAAUCAACUCGCACAUGGCCAAUGUCACGUAGUGUUGUACAACAUGGAUUGCCUAAGAUAACCACACUGAUGAAUGUCUUUGCUAAGUUUUUACCACUAAGGAUUUCCUCUUCACUUUGAAUGUGGUGCUGGGUUGAAUUGACCUACAUGAAGCAUAAACACGCGAGCACUCAAUCUUUUUUCCAUCAUUUACUGACAACUUACUGAAAUAUGUACAAAAGAACCUAUUCAUUUAGUAUAGUCUGGUUGUCAAACUUAGAAACAGGCUUCUCAUACUGUAAUUAAAUCUAGUUGAGGAUGAUUUUUUUUAAUAUGUAAUUUCCACAUUAAGAUGAUUUUAUUAUUUGGCUUUACCAAUAGCAACCCAAAGCUGAAACCCUAUCUGCUAUGUUUGGAAAGUGUGUCUGUGGACAGCGAGUCUUUGACUUUGAAUUCACUGCUGCAUGCACAUUACUCAAUUAGACUAAACAAGCCUGGAAUGUUAGCCAGGAUUUUUUUUCUCGAGUGUUAUCAGGCAAAUCUCAAACUGAGCAAGACUAGUUAUUGCGAAAUCAAGUGUCACAAAUUUUUAGUAAUAUGAAGUUACAUUUGCCAAUAUCUUUUGAUCUGUUGGUGUUGAAACGGCCCGCUUCACUGUGAUUUAUAUGUAAACCUGCCUUGGCAUUCCUGUGGCAUUCCUGUGGACCUUAGAAGACGAUCAGCCUCAAGACUGCAGAUGGGGGGUUUUGAAUGUCAAAAUUCUGUUGAGAAGGGUUGGGGCCAAUUCACUUUCAACUCAAAUGAUUUCAUGAUUUAAAGUCAGAUAUGUUAGAAGUAGGCUAUUUCAUUCAUGGUUUUUUAUUCAUGGUUGCAUAUGUGACCCAUUUAAAGAAAAGAAGUUUCAGUUUUGAGAUGUCAAAGGAAAUUGGUUGAAUCACAAGUCAAAUGACCCCAACCCUGGUAUAGAAGUUUAUAUUUAUGUAACUAUACAUAGCUUUAUAUAUAUAUAAAUCAUAUGUAAUAAAUUUGCCGUUGUCACACUA